AUGUUUCAUGAUGAUGAAGUUCCAUUACGUUCGGCUAAAAAUAUUGCUCGUCAAUUACGAGAUGCUAAAGGUCGUCAUUCUCGUAAUCAGUUUUUGUCUUCUCUACCUCCUGAUGUUUCGAAUGAUGUGCCAAUGAUAGAAGAGUACACAGACGAAACUCGUUAUACAUAUAAUGAACAAGAUGAUCUUAUGGUGGUGGACCAAAAUGAUGAACAAUUGGAAAGCAAUUCAAUCGUCGUCAGUCAAAUCGUUGACGAUGUAUCAUUUGACACCAAUUCAUAUUUAGGCAACAGCGAGGAUGAUAAUUCACAAGAUAUACAAUCUAAUUUGUUGACCCAGGAUAUCCCACCAUCUUCACCUGAUACACGAGAAAUUUCAACUGCUCUUGCUUUAUUUCGGCAUCGACACCGAUUAUCAAAAUCAUGCAUAAACAAUUUAUGUGAUUUGCUACGCUCGUUUGGUGUUGCUAAUGUACCAUCGGAUUUUCGUUCAAUUGAGAAAAUUCUUAUCAAAAACCAGGAGAACACUUUACAGGGUCGCAAAUAUAUCAUUUGUUCGAAAUGUGGUAACAAAGGUACUAGUUUAUCAAAGUGUGUGGAUAUAAAAUGUGAGAGACAUUCUGGUUUUGUGUCAACUCCUACAACACUUUGCACGUUUAAACUUCUUCCGCAAGUAACAUCUAUUCUUGACCGGCACAACAUUAUGCCUGAACCAGAUAUAACCAAUACCAACAUAUCUGAUAUUCAAGAUGGCUAUGUACGUCGUAAUAUUAUUUUCCGCGAACGAAUGAUUGACUCAAAGAAAAAUAUAGUGACUAUGCUGUUAAAUAGCGAUGGGAUAGUCUUAAAGAAGUUUAGCCGUUCGAUCUGGUUUACUUGUAUGGUGAUCAAUGAGUUACCUCGUGCAAUAAGAUUUAAUAUUGGUAAUGUUAUAAUUUGUUCUAUAUCUAUGGGUGGGAAUAAACCGAAAAAGAAUCAAUUUCAAAGUUUUAUAAAAGAUUGGGUCCUCGAAUUACAACAGCUUGAGUUAGGCUUCCAUAUUUCUCCUCCAAAUUUGCAUGGUCAUUUUAUCAAAGUGCAUGCUUAUUUGAUUGCAGCAGCACUUGAUAAGCCUGCACAAGCGUUGUUAAUGAAUUUAAAUGAUCCGACCGGUUAUUAUAGUUGUGUUCGUUGUACUAUUCAAGGAAAAUCUGUACCAACAAAGCAUGGAAGUACACGUGUUUUCAUAAGAAAAAAUAAUGACGGUAUUCAAGAUCGAAGCAAUCAACUAUAUGAUCAACAUAUAAUUCAACUACUAAAAAGAAAAUCAAAAAAUAAACCAAAAGAUAUAGAUCCUGCUUGUGGACAACAGGGUCAUUGUCUUUUAAGAAAUCUGUCGUAUUUCAAUAUUGGACCAAGUUUCACUUCUGAUUCGCUUCAUAAUUUAUAUUCGGGAACUUUUAAACGUUUACUAGAAAUAUGGUUCAAAAGUCGCGGUAAUUCAUACUCCAUUCAUAAACAACUAAAUUUGAUUGAAGCGAAAUUGGACUCAAUUAAAUAUCCUACAACCACAUAUCAUUUACCAUCACAACUUAGAUUUUAUCAAACUUACAAAGGCAACGAAUAUAGAUUGACAUUGCUGUUUGGUUAUCAGUAA